GAGAUUGUCGACAAUAGUUUGUACGAAGCGAUUACCGGAUGACACCACAGGUGUGACAUUAAAUUGAUUUUUCAUAACCUGUUCGAGUAAUCGUGUGACCGCAUAUUGCAAUAGUCGACAUACACAGGGUAGGCAGAAUCAAAGAAUCCCACAUUAAAAUUGAUAAUAGUUUUAUUAACUAUAUUGACAGAUUGUCGUGGAACAUAUAUUUAAUGUGGAUGAACUUUUCUGCGGUGUUUAAACAUUUCCACAUAGCACGUACGGCACGAGAAUAACUCGAUCAGGGGUGUGAAUAGGGUAGGAAGGGUACCGAGGAUAAGGCAUGGCGGCGAGGUUUCCGUUAUCUACAAUUUCCAACAGGCACCCCUUGACGUGCAAGGUGGAUGUGAAAACGAGCAUUUUUUAUGGGGGAUCUAGCUCGAUCCUGCGGCAGCAGCUCAAGCGCCGCGAAAUGUGUACCACUGUUACAGUUUUCACGACUUGAAAAGGAGGUCGACGCUGCGAGUGCGCAGUGCGUUAGGACUACAUAGCUACGCCUUAUAUAAACGUCACCUGUGCACCCCGAUCACAGCGCUCGGGGAUUCCUCUGAUAUACUGUCAUCUAUAGUAUUCACACGGUUCCUCAUCGCUGGAGGAAGGAUAAACAAGGCUUUGAUACAUUUAAGUUUUUGAACAUGCCACUUGUACGACUACCUGAUGCUGGAGGCAAUACAAUUCUUUUAAUGAAGUACGGUCCGCAUGGAUACCUUGGAAUACCUGAUGCCACAGAGGAGCAUCAGUCCAUGGUGCACACAACACCACUACGUCCUGAUGAUGUUUUGCUGUGUUCAUACCCGAAAACUGGUUGCCACUGGUUGUGGGAAAUUGCCCGUAUGCUACUUGCAGGGACCACCCAAAUAGAAUGUACAGAAAAAGAAAAAUGUAUGCUUGAAUUUGCAUCAAGGGAGGCUGUAGAGUCAGUGCCAUCACCCCGUGUUCUCAACACUCAUUUCCUGUUUAACCAGCUACCCCAGGAAGUUCACAAAGGUCAGAACAAGAUUCUCUUCAUCUAUCGUAAUCCCAAAGAUGUGGCAGUUUCCUUCUAUAAUCACCAUGUCAAGUUUCCUGAGUAUGAGUAUUCUGGGAAGUUCUCAGACUACCUGACACUCUUUCUCAAUGGCCAUCUUGAUUCUGGAUCAAUGUUCACCUACAUGCGGGAUUGGGAAGCAGUGAUAAAUUCAAAUCCAGACCUACCCAUCUUUGUUGUAAGCUAUGAGGAUCUUCAGGAAGACACCUUAGAGAAAACCAAGGAGCUAGCAAGGUUUCUUGAAAGUACAGCAAGUGAGGAAGUUGUGAAAGAAAUUGUUGCUAAGUGCAGCUUUAAUUCUAUGAAAGAACGCAAAGGUCAACAGUGGACUGAGACCUUUGGAGAGGCCGUUAUGUAUCGAAAAGGAAAAGUUGGAGACUGGAAAACAUGGUUCACAGUUGCUGAAAGUCAGAUGUUUGAUGCUGUUUGUGAGAAAGAAAUGCCAGGAACAAAGUUCAAUUUUCGCUACACAUUUUAAUGAGCGACCUUCAACCUGCCAGUAACACACCAGAAAAGGAAAAGAAUUAGUCUUUUCUGAACCACACAAAUGUUUUACUUGCAUAGCAGUUUACAAUCUUAAUGUCUGUAUCUGAUAUAAGGGUCAUCCACAUUACUAGCGAUAUGGCUGAAUGGGUCAUAAUCACUAACAUUAUCACUCAAGUAUGCUGUACAGGCAACCAUAGGAAAUUGCAAAAUGAAGCUAAAUGGCUUCAUCAUCAUCAUCUGUCUCAAGUGAAUAAGUACCUAAAGGAUUUUUGUGUGAAACUCUCUGCUAUAAUGCUGCUUUUACAGAGUAUGCUGUCUUGCGGAUAGUACAUAUACAACGUUGAUCUUAAUAUAUAGUAUAUACUAUUCAACAGGUCUUUCCAGACUUUAUUAUGUUAACUCUCUACUCACUGGCUGUCCAUGAAACAUAAUUGACAAAUUAAAGAGAAUUUAGCUUUGCUGCAUGCCUAGUUGUCAAUUCAAGAAAGCCUAAUUAUGUCACACCUUUUUUCUUCUCUAGCUGUCUCCAAGUCCAAGUUGAUUACAGUCUGACUGUGAUAUGUCAUACCUUUAUCUGUGGCUCCUUCCCUGCCUCCAUAUCUAAUAUACUUGCUGUCUAGUCUCCACCAAGACACUUUGUUCUUGGCAGACCAAUCUAUCCUGCGAAAAGUUUUCACCUUAAGGUUUGAUGAACAAUCUUUCUGCUGUGCUGGACCCAAACUAUGGUACUGAUAAUGUACUCAGGUUGUCAUCAACCAGACCCUUCCUCUCCUCAAAAAAUGUAGUAAUGAUACUUUUAAUAAUGAUCAUGAAUUAAAUUAGUUUUUUUGAUACAUUUUUUCAAGGUUUUGCUUGCAGAUUAAAGAAUACACAGAUCACCUGA